AUUUCUGAGGCGAUUUGCUGCUGUCGUGUGUCAGGUUCAUCUCUCAGUAACCAUAGUUAGCUAACUUGACCAUUUGUGUGUUUUACAGUAUGAAAUCAGUGGAGGACCAAGUUGUAGAAGAGGAGGCUGGGUAUCAGGAGGAUGAGGAAUCUUUCUUCCAAGACAUCGAACUCCUGCAGAAAUAUGGCAUUAACAUGGCAGAUAUCAAAAAGCUGAAGUCCGUUGGAAUUUGUACAGUAAAAGGUAUCCAGAUGACCACACGCCGUGCCCUCUGCAACGUCAAGGGUUUAUCUGAAGCAAAAGUGGAGAAAAUCAAGGAAGCUGCUGGGAAACUGCUGAUGAGUGGAUUUCAGACAGCUUCUGAAUACAGUAUGAAAAGGAAGCAAGUAUUCCACGUCACAACAGGCAGCUUGGAGUUUGAUAAACUUCUUGGAGGUGGAGUAGAGAGUAUGGCGAUCACUGAGGCUUUUGGAGAGUUCAGGACAGGGAAAACUCAGCUGUCACACACACUUUGUGUUACAGCCCAGUUGCCUGGUGAGAAUGGGUAUACUGGAGGGAAGGUCAUCUUCAUUGAUGCAGAAAAUACCUUUCGACCAGACAGGCUGAAGGACAUUGCAGACAGGUUUAAUGUGGAUCAUGAGGCAGUCCUUGAUAAUGUGCUGUAUGCCCGUGCCUACACCAGUGAACAUCAGAUGGAGCUGUUGGACUUUGUCGCAGCCAAAUUUCAUGAGGAGGGAGGUAUCUUCAAGCUCUUGAUCAUAGACUCCAUCAUGGCUCUGUUCCGUGUGGACUUUUCAGGGAGGGGUGAGCUUGCAGAGAGACAGCAGAAGCUAGCACAGAUGCUUUCCAGGUUGCAAAAGAUCUCAGAAGAGUACAAUGUUGCAGUGUUUGUCACUAAUCAGAUGACAGCAGAUCCAGGAGCCGGAAUGACAUUUCAAGCAGAUCCCAAAAAGCCUAUUGGAGGUCACAUACUGGCGCAUGCCUCCACCACACGCAUAAGUUUGAGGAAAGGACGUGGGGAAAUGAGAAUUGCCAAAAUAUUUGAUAGCCCUGACAUGCCAGAAAAUGAAGCUACCUUUGCCAUUACAGCUGGAGGAGUGGCAGAUGCAAAAGAGUAAGGCAAAAACUACACAGUGAAAACACAGCGCAUGGAUUGUUAGUAGACAUAUAUUUGAAUUUAAAUACAGCUGUUUUCUUGUUUGU